AUGAUAAGCCUCUCUCUUCCAUUUCCCGCCAAACUCCCUGUGCCUCAUGUGAAACCCAGCAACCAACCUUCGCGCCAAAACCUUCCUCCAUCUUCCAUGUCCGUCAACCACUGUAACAGCCGCUUCCACUCCCUCAAGGACCGCCUCGCCCGCCACCUCCAUGCUGGCCAUGUAACAGCCCGCGAAUUGGGGCUUGCAUCAGUUAAUUGUGUGGGGAAUUCUCUUAUUAGCAUGUAUGCUCGGUGUGGUAAUAUGGAAAAUGCUAGGAAAGCCUUUAACAUUCUAUUUGAUGAGAAUUUGAUUUCUUAUAAUACAAUUGUCAAUGCAUAUGUAAAUAGUUUGAAUUCUGAGGAAGCAUUCAAAUUUUUUAAUGAAAUUGAGGAUACGGGAACUCAGGUUGAUGCCUUUACAUUUGCUAGUCUUUUGAGCGGAGCAUCUAGCAUUGGUACAAUUGGUAAGGGUGAGCAAAUCCAUGCUUGCAUACUGAAAUCAGGUUUCAAGUCAAAUCUUCACAUUUCUAAUGCUUUGAUCUCAAUGUACGCUUGA